AAAUUUGAGCAUGCGCGCGGAAAAUACAACUACCGGACGAGUUUCAUUUUAACUGGAGAAAGCGAUGGACCAGCUUGUAAAAGAAUGGACUAUAUUAUUUGUUUGACAAGUCUCUGGGCUUUGGUUCUAUACCUCAACACGCUCACAGCUGAUUUUGCGUACGACGACAGUCGUGCCAUCCUGAAGAACCAAGAUUUGCUACCAGAUACACCAAUCAUCAACAUAAUAUAUGAUGACUUUUGGGGCACACCUUUGACCCAUAGUGGUUCCCACAAAUCAUACAGACCAAUAUGUGUUCUAUCAUUUCGUCUCAAUUAUCUCCUUGGAGAACUGGAGCCUUUUGGAUACCACCUAGGAAACAUCAUUCUUCAUGCAGUAGUGACAGCAUUGUUCACACAUUUUGCUCGGAUAGUUUUACAAGAAUCAUUUCCAACGCUCAUUGCUGGUCUACUUUUUGCUGCACACCCAGUCCACACUGAAGCAGUUGCAGGAAUUGUGGGAAGGGCAGAUGUUGGUGCUUGUCUUUUCUUUUUACUUGCACUCCUAAGCUAUAUGAAAUAUGUCCAUUAUAGAGAUGAAAAUUAUAGCAGUGAUGGUGGAGGUCUGGGGGAUAAUAAAAGGAAGAUUUUAUUUUUUAUAGUGACAGCAAUCUGUACUACAUUGAGUAUGUUGACCAAAGAACAAGGUGUUACAGUUAUUGCUGUGUGUGCUGCAUAUGAUCUCUUUGUACAACAUAAAGUCAAGAUUACAGAUUUGUUAACUAUGAAAUGGGAUCUCUACAAGAAGGAGAUGGAAGGAUUAUUCCUGCUUUUUAUACUAGGAGCAGCUCUUGUAGCAUUCAGAUUUAUGUUCAUGGGAAACAAGACUCCAGAAUUUGCUCCUUCAGACAAUCCUGCCGCUGAUUCCAAUAAUUUUCUAACAAAGUUUCUGACGUUUACUCUACUUCCUGUGUAUAACUUCUGGAUUUUGUUAUGUCCAAGAGUUCUCAGUUUCGAUUGGUCAAUGGAAGCCAUUCCUUUAGUUGAAAAAGUUUUAGAUGCUCGUAAUUCUUUAACUCUUUUAUUUUAUACAAUUUUAGGAUAUUUUUCAAUUUGUUUAUUAAAACAUAUACAUAGGCCCAGAUUAAAGAAAUAUUCACCCCAUCUAAAUGGGAAUGGUAUAGCACAUCAUAGUCAUUCUACAAAACAUGUGAUUCCAAAACCCUAUAAAACGAGAAGGAGUUCAAAUAGUUCAACGGACAGUGAAGAAGAAACAAUAGCAGUAAUGAAGUAUAGUUUACAAGAUAUUUCAAUCAUUUCAUUAUCAAUUCUCAUAUUUCCAUUCAUUCCAGCAACAAAUAUAUUUUUCUACGUUGGAUUUGUGAUCGCUGAGCGAGUGCUAUAUAUUCCUAGUAUGGGAUUUUGUUUAUUUGUUGCUUAUGGUGCUUAUUUAUUACACAGAAAAUAUUUUAGUGAUGUGUGGAAGAAACAAUGUGUGAUUGUAUGUGUGGCUGUAACAAUUUUAUUAAUGUCUGGACGAACAGUGCUACGCAAUGAUGUAUGGGACAACGAGGAAAACUUGUACAGAUCUGGAAUUCAAAUAAAUCCUGCUAAAGCCUGGGCAAACCUAGCUAAUGUAUGGAAUCAACAAGGAAAACUUACAUCUGCAGAAUAUGCCUAUAAGAAAGCUCUGACAUACAGAGGCAAUAUGGCGGACACUCAUUAUAACCUGGGGAUACUUUAUCAGGAUACUAAAAGAUAUGAUGAGGCUAUUGAAAGUUAUACAAGAGCUAUAUCUUAUAGACCUAAGCUUUCUAUGGCUCAUUUAAAUCUUGGAAUUCUGUAUGCAAAUAAAGGGAAAUACGAAGAGGCAGAAAAGGUGUAUAAACAUUGUGCUGAUUUGGAUACAUCAGGGUUAAAAGAUCCUCGUCUCCAUGCCAACACCAAGAUCUCAGCUCUUUACAAUCUGGGGCGUAUGUAUGCUGAAAUGAAUAGACAUCAAGAGGCUAUUGAUACUUACAAAGAAGCUCUAAAGAGGAGACCUAGUCAUUAUGCACCACAAAGUAUAUAUAAUAUGAUGGGUGAAGUUUACACAAAAUUAGGAAAAUUAUCAGAAGCAGAACAUUGGUACAGAGAAGCUUUGAAAUCCAAACCAGACCACAUACCUGCUCAUCUUACCAUGGCUAAACUCUAUCAUAAACAGAACAAAAAUACAGAGGCAGAAGAAUGGUUUAAGAAAGCUAAAGAAGUUAGUCCAGAUGACCCCUCAGUCGACCAUCAUUAUGCACAUUUUCUGAGUGAGACAGGAAGACUAAAUGAAGCAGCUCAGCUCUAUGAACAAGCGAUCAUUAAGUCUCCUCAGGACUUUGAAUUAGUCUUUAAUGCUGCUAAUACAUUGAGACAAGUUGGAAAUAAUGAGAGAUCAGAACAACUGUAUAAGAGAGCAACAACUAUAAAACCUAAUAGUGCUACAGCUCAUAUGAAUCUUGGUGCCAUGUAUCAUAUUAACAGUAAACACAAAGAGGCCGAAGCCAGUUAUCUACGAGCCUUAGAACUCAAACCUGAUGAUGUCACAACACAACAAAAUCUUGUCAAGCUACGUAAUCUGAUGUCAAAAUCAUAAAACUAAAGGAGAGAUCAGCAGUUUGUCUCUGAGUGUAAAGGUCAAAUAGAAUGAUGUCACCACAUAAUUGAACAGAACCAUUGUAAUCAAGCUUUGUUAUCUGAUGGUUUAGUCACCAAAUGAUUUGAAGAUUUGCAGCAGAUAACACAAGCUGUUUCUUAGCCUUAUAAGUUAAAUUUAGGAUUUGAAAAAAACAACCAAAAAAAAACAGAUAGCUUUAUAGAAAUUUACUACUAUAUUUUGCUAUUUCCCCGAAAUUCACUGUUUAAAAUAAAAAAAAAAAAAGGAAAUAUAAAAUGAAAUAAUAUCUUGAAGAUUCCAAAAGAAUUUCAUCAGAUGCCAUAUUAGUCAAGGCUAAAUUAUGACCCUUUACCAAAAACAAGGGUAAAAUUGUAAAGCAACAAAGCCUUGAACAAUAAGAUACUCUUUAACUGGUACCUAAAUAUUGUAUGUUAGUUUUCUGGUUAUUGCAGUUUUUCACUCCUGGUCAAGACUGCUACAUCUCUAAUUUGGAUAAUAUGUUCAAGAGUAAAAAUUUACAUAAAAAAAAGUGACAAGUUUCAAUAUAAAUGAAUGAUAUUUGUAAAGUAAUCAUAUAAUAAGAUUUACACAAGGAAGCUAGUCUCUUAUAAAAAGCAGGAAAUCAUUACAUAAUAAAGUGAAAAUGGAGAAAUCCAGAAGAAAAUCCUUAACAUUUGUAAAAACUCUCUCAAAAUUGGUUCAUAUUAGGAACUUUAUGUUCAUCAGUCUUUGCUAUUGUAUCGUAUAAGGUUAAUAUUGCAAUUUAUUGUUUAAAACAGUAAAAGUAUGUAUGACGAUCAUGUAUGCCCUUAUAAAUAAAUUACCCAUAAUUUAAAAAUUGCAGGGCAUCAGUGAUUUUUUUUUAAAUUAUUCUCUUGUGGUUAUUAAGUGGGUUUAAUCAUUUUUAGCAUAUCAGCAAGUCAUUCGGGGACCAUCUAUUGCCAUGUGUAAAUGCAUCAUAAAUAUAUCCAUCUCCAUUUAUAAUUGCUAGUUGAUCUAUAUCCAUGUAAAGCUUGCUUAAAGUGAGCAGUUGUAAAAAAAAUGUGCUUUAUUAUAUAUAAUAUUUAAAUAUAUGCUUAGCAUGUGUGAUAAUUUUUUUAUUAUUGUAUAUAUUAUUUUUAUUUGAUAAAGGGAUGUUAUCCAUAAGAUAAGGGGAGGUAAUUCUAAUGUAGUUUGUUUCUAGUCAAAUAAGAACUAUAUCUCAUGCAUGUGGAAGAAUGCUCAAUUUUUCUGAUUUUAUGACAAAUGAAAACAUCGUUACAAGAUCUUUCUUUAAUGUAUAGGUAGCAGCAAUGAUAAAAAUAUAUAUAAAAUGAUGAGAAAACUGUAUGGUUAAUGAUGUAUAGAUAUGAUUCAUACGCAACAGAAAACUACAAUUAGUGAUGUAUAAAUAAUAUGAUUGAUACACAACAUAUAAGUUGAAUCAAAACAAGAAAAAACAACACAAAACACUGAUAUGAUAUUAUAACAAUGGUUAUUAUAAACAUUUACAUUCAUUGCUUGUUAUCUUUGGUGAAUGAUCGUCUGACUGCAUCAUUAUAUUUAUACAGGGACUUUGCUUUUUUUUUUUUUUGGGGGGGGGGGGGAAUUCUCUAAGGACAAUUUUGGUUUGGUUAGUCAUUUUUUUUUAAAUAAUAACUGGUACUUUUAUGCAAAGUGAUCUUCAUUAUGGAGGAAUGUUUACUCAUUUUGGAUGAAGAAUAUCAAGUGAACAAUGAUAUUUAUAUGUUAUCUGUAGUUGUGUUAAUUACUGGUUUGUUUUGUUGUAGAAUGAAUUGAAUAACUUACUGUAUAUUUAUCAUCAAUAAUUGUGCUGUAUUUAUGUAACCUCAUUAAUUAGUCGGUGUCUCUGCUUCCAAAGCUAGUCAGAGUAUAAAAUUGCAUUUAAAUCGGUGCAUGGUUUUAUAAAAUUUGAUGUUAUUUUUUUAGUCCCUUUAAAAAAAAGAAAUAAUGAAAAAAUAAUGAUUCAGGUUUACACUCUUUGAUAAUCUUAGGAAAGCAAUUCUGAAAUACAUUUUGUGGAUUUUGUUUACCUUUUAAGAAUGAAAAGUCGUGAUAAUGAUUCUGCUCAGUGGUCUUAGUUGCUAACCUUCUACAUCAUUUGGUCUCUGGUGGAGAGUUGUCUCAUUGACAAUCAUACCACAUCUUCUUAUUUUCAUAUUAGUGUCAUAUGGGUAACUGCCUCAGUCUGCAUUUUAUUUUGAUGAAAGUGCUUUUUAGAGGAUAGAUACUUUAUUUUCAAUAUUCUUUAUUUUGGUAUUAUCCAGUGCAAUGUGUUGAGAUAUUCCUACUGAAUGAGAGGGGACCACUGAACUUAAAUUACAUUUAUAUUUUAUAUUAUACACCUUAUGAACAAACAUUCCAGAACUGUUUUGAUACAUUUGAAUUUAAAACUAUAUUGUUAUUAUUUAUACUUUUAAAUUCCACAUUCCAGAAUUUGUUUUGUUUAAUGAUUCCAUUAUGAUUUGCUUGUUAAUAUAUAUUAUUAGUUAGAUAGUUUAAAAUUUCUGAAAUCCUUACUUCCUUAGCAGAAAACUCUUCUGUAUUUCAUAGGUGUUUUUUUCAUUAAAUGCAAAAAUGAACUAGUCAUAUGAUGGUGAUGAAAUUAAUUUCUUCAACAUAAAGUUUGAGAACUUGUAUUCUAAAGCUAUUGAUUUUUUUUUUUGUAUAAUAACCUUUAAUAAUUUUUUUUAUUGGUACACAUUAAUUAUUCCUUUUGUUUGUUUUGAGUACUGUAUAAAAGAUUUGAAUUUGGAUCUAACACAUACCUGUUUCAUUGUAUUUCCUUAAUUAUAAUAAUGUUUAGUAGAUACUUAAUUGAUAUUAUGGAAUUGAAAUCUUGAUCUUCAUACUAGCAAUACUGAUAGCUAUUCUAUUUCAAGCAAUAUCUGUUCUUUUUAGUGAAGUAGUUUAAAAAUCUUGAUCUUUAUCAUUUAGCAAUGUAUUUUCAAUAAUUGAAUUAUUAGAGGUCUUGAUCUUGAUAUUUUUAUUGAUACAAGUUUUUGAUGAUUGAAUUGUUGAAAUUUUGAUCUUUAUAUAUUUAGCAAUAUCUUUCUUUGUUAUAUUGUUUUUGUUUUUUGAAUACAUUGAUUUAUUUUACAUUUUUUGUGAAUUGUUAAUGCUCAUUUUGUUAAAUAUGAUGAAUAAAGUUGUUAAGAAAUGCAA